ACACGAAUUCGCGGAUCAUCGAAAGUCGGGGAAAACAUGAGCGUACUACUUAAGACCAUCCCGUAUCAGCUCAAAGAUCCGAGCUUGCUAGACAACAAAUGCUUCAUUGGCAGCAAAUGGGUUGAGUCCAGUACAGGGAAGUCUUUCGCAGUCCUUGACCCUGAAGAUGAUCAGACAAUCUGUCACGUACCCGAUCUCAGCCGCCGGGAAAUACAAGAAGCAAUUGGCGUAGCCCAUGAAUCAUUUCUCGAGUAUCGCCGGAAACCCGCCCGCGAGAGACGGGCGCUACUGCGAAAAUGGGCCGACCUUAUCAAGGCCAACAAGGAGGAUCUUGCAGCCAUCUGUACACUGGAGCUAGGAAAGCCGUUUACCGAAUCCCUGGGGACCGUCAAGUACGGGACUGACUACCUCGACUGGUUCGACGGCCUGAUUGAACAGGUGGGCGGAGAAACGAUACCUGCCGCGCGACCUGACAACCGGAUCAUUACAAUUCGCCAGCCGCAGGGCGUCGUCGCAGCAAUCACCCCUUGGAAUUCGCCGAUCGCCAUGAUCGCUCGAAAAGCCGGCGCUGCGAUCGCGGUGGGGAACACUGUUGUCUGCAAGCCCGCGCCAGAAACGCCACUUUGCGCGAUCGCUCUUGCGAAACUGGCGGAAAGGGCAGGAUAUCCACCCGGUGUGUUUAACGUUGUCACCGUGAGCCCGGAAAGAACGCCGGAAAUUGGAGCGGAACUAUGCGAGAAUCCGAAAGUGCGGCAUCUGAGUUUUACAGGAAGCACGGCGGUUGGCCGGUUCUUGAAUGGAGAGUGCGCGAAAAGGAUGAAGCGGACAAGUAUGGAGCUAGGCGGGAACGCGCCGUUCAUCGUCUUUGAAGAUGCGAAACUUGGACAGGCGGUCGACGGGCUGAUUGCCAGUAAGUUCCGGUCGUCGGGCCAAACCUGCGUGUGUGCGAACCGAAUUCUGGUGCACGAGACGAUUUUCCAAGAGUUUGCAGAGAGGUUGGCGAAACGAGUUCCGGAGGCCUUGACUUCGGGCUCCGUGUGGGAUCCAAAGACGAAUUACGGUCCAUUGUACUCGGGCAAAGGACUCGCAAAAGUCCAGCAGCACUGGGAUGAUGCCGUGAAACAUGGCGCGAAAGUUCUUCUCUCGGACGAGAGCCCAAGGGGGCCAAACUUUGUUUCGCCGACCAUACUGAGCUUACCAUCCGGAAUGGACAACCUUGCAUCCCUCGCAUUCUCGAAUGAGGAAACAUUCGGCCCUCUUGCAAUUCUAGUUCCUUUUGCGAAGGAAGAGGAGGCCGUAAGGUACGCCAACAGCACUUCGACCGGUCUAGCGUCGUACUUCUAUACCUCUGAUUUCAGCCGUAUUUGGCGCGUUGCAGAGGCACUGGAAACAGGAAUGGUUGGAGUGAGUGUGGGUCUAGUUAGUGCCGUGGAGAUGCCGUUCGGUGGUAUCAAACAGAGCGGUGUUGGGAGGGAAGGCGGCGCUCAUUGCUUGGAGGAAUAUACAGAACUGAAGGCAAUUACUAUCGGCAUUUAGACGCCGGUAAGUUACAUGUAAAAGCAGGGUAGUCAUAUGCAAAAGGCAAAUGAAUAGAAGCGGUUAAUGACCCUUGGUCAUCAG